AUGCCUGAAGCUCCGUCUCGACCGACUCGCCCCAGGACGCUGACCAGACUUGUCACUAAUGCUGCCGUUUCCCUACAAAAGACCCUGAGUGGAGGGACCGCCGAAGAUGGCGACAUCGCAUGUUGGAACCCGGCUCUGGGGGACGGCCCUGAAGUUACCUCUCUCCCACCAGCUUCUCGUUUGUCGACGCAGGAUGGCAAACAGAUGGCUCUGGAGCUUAGGAAAAAGGGUGAGCUGGGAUGGAGGAAAUAUGUCAAGUACUUCACGCCGUCCUGGUUCACGGUGACCAUGGGCACCGGUGUAAGUGCCUUUCCACUCGCCAAGUUGAUGCAAAUUCCUGGACACCACAAGGUCGUGGCGAGCCUCCUCAAUCAAUUCCCAUACAACGCAAGAUGGUUGUAUUGGCUCUCGGUCAUUGUGUUCUGCCUGAACAUCGGUCUCUUCGCCUUCUUCAUCUUCGUGUCCGUUCUCCAGCUCGUUCUGUUCCCCAAGGUCUGGAUCACUAUAGUCGAGCGGCCCAAUCAGGCAUUCUUUCUGAGUAGCAUACCGGUGAGUCUCGGGACUAUCGUCAACAUGCUGGUGUUUGUGUGCGCUCCUUCGUGGGGCAGAUGGGUCAUUUACCUUUCAUGGGGGCUAUGGAUGGCCGAUGCAGCCAUCUCACUGCUGUGUGCCUUGUUCUUACCCUUCCUGCUUGUGAUCAAACGACAGGAAGAGACUCCCCUGUCGACGUUCACCGCACUGCAGAUGUUCCCCGUCAUCGGCACCGUGGUCGCAUCCGCCACCGCGGCAUUGGUUGCAAAUGUCUUGCCCAACGACGAGCAAGCUUUGGCCACCGUCAUCAUCGGCUAUGUCCUUUGGGGCGUAGGCGUUCCUUCUGCAAUAUUUAUCCUCGUCAUCUAUUGGCAGCGUCUGACCAUCCACAAACUCCCGCCGCGCGAGGUCAUUGUUUCUUGUUUCAUCCCCUUGGGUCCUUUGAACAUGGGUGCGUUUGCAAUCAUGAAGCUCGGAAGCGUCGCGAUGAAAGUGUUCGCUUCGACCAAGACCAUCCACCCUCUGGCCGGAGAUCUGGCGUACAAUUUGGGAGUGCUUCUAUCCUUGGUCCUGUGGGGGUUCACCUUGCUGUGGCUUUUUCUUGCCGUUGCAACGAUAUACCAUUGCAAGCACUUCCCGUUCAAUAUGGGCUGGUGGGGGUUCACCUUUCCGAUCGGCACCUUUGCACUCUCGAGCAAUACCCUCGCAAAAGAGAUACCCUCCAAGUUUUUCCGCGUCAUUGGAUCUAUAACCUCGGUUUGCGUAUUCCUGCUUUGGAUACUGGUCGUUUACGCCACCCUUAGAGAUCUCAUCACGGGCGGACAGCGACUAUUCAAGACACCUACAAGAGCCGCCCCCAAUAUCGAUGAUAAAGCGCCCGACCAAUUCGACGACGCAGCCGAGACCAAACUCGUGUGA